AUGGAUCCAAAUACCUCCAAAAUGUGCGCAAUGAAGAUUGAGUACCUGGAUAUUCACAAAUCAAGUCUAAAAUUAGAAACAUCGAUUCUUCAGGAACUUGCAGGUUGCAAAUAUUUUCCACAAAUUAUUGAUCACGGUAAAACACAUACCAUUAGGUAUCUUGUCAUGGAAAUUUUAGGUGCCUCAUUGCAGAACAUGCGUGCAAUUGCUCCAAGGAAAAGAUUUUCGAUGUAUACAACUCUUAGAAUCGCACUUGAAAGUUUAAUCGCAAUCGAAGAGUUCCAUAAGCAUGGUUAUGUACAUAGAGACAUUAAGCCUGGAAACUUUUUAAUUCGUAAUGAUCCAAAAUAUCCAAUUUGUUUGAUUGAUUUUGGCUUGUGCAGAAAAUAUAUUGAUGAAAAUGGCAAAAUUAUUCCACCUCGCGACGAACCUGGCUUUACUGGAACAUGCCGUUACGCUUCUGUCCAUGCUCACAACUAUAACGAGCUUGGCCGCCGUGAUGAUAUUAUAUCAUGGCUUUAUACAAUCGUAGAGCUUGCAGAUAGUCGUCUUCCAUGGCCAGGAACAAAAGACCGCGUGGCAACACGUCAAAUGAAAAACGAUAUUUCAGCAACAACUCUUCUAAAAAGUUUUCCAGAUGAAAUUCUCGAUAUUUACAGAGAAGUUCGCAAACUCAAGUACGAAGACCAACCAGAUUACGAACUCUACAAGCGCCUCAUACGCGAGGCCAUCAACCAAAGCCCACAGAAAAAGAGUGGCUUCGAUUGGGAAUAUUUCAACAGAAAACAAGUCGAAGACGUGAGUCCUGAUUUGGCACUUGGACCGCCAAAACAGACUUCCGCCAAGAGCCUUUCUUCAACAAAGGCAUUCCUUGGGCCACCACGAAAACCUUUCGUGAUGCCAGAUUUCAUUCCUCCAGUUUUCAAUCCAAUUAUCAUUCCGAGUACACCAGAAGUUAAAAAGGAAGAAAAAGCAGAAGAAAAACCUUCAGCUCAGCAAAAUGAAGGAGGAUGCUGCAGAAUUAUGUAA